GAAUAACUAGAAAUAAUAUGAUUUUCGUAUAUUUUGAAAUAUUCAGAUUGAGUAGGCAGAUUUAAGAGCCUUAAAAAAAAAGAAAUAAAAAUUUAUAAAAUUACAUAACAUCCUUUAGAGGAAAAUGAACAUGUAACGCCAUAAAAGACACGUUAAGGAAAUAUUUUAUUAAAAUUAGUUAUGAGUAAAGAUAUUUUAACAAAAUAACAUUAUGAUGUUAAAUGAUCAUUUGAAUUAGUUUAGAGUAGAUUUUGUAUUAAUAACUUUAGCAAUUAGUGCCCAAGCAUUUUGGAGGAACUCUUCAGUUUUAGCUAUUUCUUCUCCUAACUUUCUUAAUUCUUCUCUCUUCUUUUGCUGUUCAUAAUUCUUUUUUCGGAACAUUUGUUUCCAAGAGCAAGGUUUCUUUGUGAUAGAUUUAGAUGCAGAUGCAAGGCUCUUUUCUUCACUCAUAAUAAUUAAUUUUUUAACUAAUUUAGACUCUAAGUUAGUUAGCUAUUUAAAACGGAUAUAGUAAAAACGAUCUCAAAAAUAAAAAAUAGUUCUCUAAUGA